UCACUUAAAUGCACGAUAAGGAAUUCUUUGUUUACUCUCGGUUGAUCGUUUAUAAGUGUAUCCAUGAAUGAAAUGACUUUGCUCAAUGAAAGGAGAUUUUGGGCGACCUAUCCUGACAAAACAACGCAAUGUGAAGAAAUGCUUAGGCCUAUGUUAUUUUUUACAGAACUAGUCCAUGUAUUGUCAUCUCCAAAUUGGGUAUCUGGUCAUUAUCACUUUGUUCGUGUUCAGUAGGAGAGCUAAACGUAAACGAUUUUUUCAAAGGGAAGGUCUUUUUAAAAGCGUUUUCAGGAGGCAGAACUGCGCAUGUGCAUACUUCCUGUAUUGAAAAGUCAUGGCAGAGAAGAGGAGCGUGUCUGAGCGACCACUGUUGUUUUUGAUUGUUUUUAUUGUGUUGCUACAUUUAUUAAUAUGUCCCUUUACAAAGGUCGAAGAAAGUUUCAACUUACAAGCAAUACAUGAUGUUUUGUAUCACAGAUUUGACUUAGAAAAGUAUGACCAUCUCGAAUUUCCUGGUGUUGUUCCACGGACAUUCCUGGGACCACUGUUUAUUUCAGCACUUUCAUCUCCACUGGUGUAUACACUUCAUUUUCUGGAUGCACCAAAAUUCUACACUCAAGUUAUUGUGAGAGCCAUACUGGGGAUGUGUGUGGUUUCUGCUCUCUGGCGCAUGCAAAUUGAAGUUCGGAAGCAGUUUGGGACCACUGUUGCUGGAUUGUUUUGUCUCAUCUGUACAUCGCAAUUCCACCUGAUGUUUUAUGCCACCAGGCCUCUACCAAAUGUUUUUGCUCUGCCUAUAGUUGUUCUGGCAUUCACGUCAUGGAUGGCACAGAAGCAUGGUCCCUUCAUAUAUCUCUCAGCGUUUGCCAUCAUCGUGUUCCGCUCUGAGCUUAGCCUCCUCCUAGGAUUAAUGCUACUUAUGUCACUGCUGAGUAGAAGACUGACUGUACCACAGCUGUUUUACUUCGCCAUACCUGCUGGCAUUCUGUCAUUAAGUCUCACCAUAUGUGUUGACUCUGUAUUUUGGAAGCAAAUACUCUGGCCUGAGGGUCAAGUUCUGUGGUACAACACAAUCUUAAACAAAAGUUCCAACUGGGGAACCUCACCAUUUCUGUGGUACUUUUACUCGGCUGUUCCUCGGGCCCUGGGCAGCACGCUGCUCUUUGUUCCUCUGGGUCUCUUUGACAGACGGAUGCAAACGCUGUUGAUUCCAACUGUUGGGUUCAUUCUGCUGUACUCUUUCCUGCCUCACAAGGAGCUUCGCUUCAUCAUCUAUACCUUCCCUGUGUUUAACAUCGUGGCUGCCCGGGGCUGCUCCUACAUUUUGAACAACUACCACAAAUCCUGGUUGUAUAAAAUUGCCUCCCUUAUUGUGGUUGGUCAGUUAAUGACAAAUGCUGCCUACACAAGCCUAUCCCUGUGUGUUUCCCAUCACAAUUAUCCUGGAGGUAGAGCCUUGAUGGAGUUGCACACAUUAGUCCCUGCCACAUCAGAGGUCUCUGUACAUAUUAAUGUACUUGCUGCGCAGACAGGAGUCUCCCGCUUCUUAGAACUGAAUGAGAACUGGAAAUACAGCAAAAGGGAGGACAUUGUACCAGGAGAUUCACAAAUGAAGACCUUUUCUCAUAUCUUGAUGGAGGCCAACUCAACCCAGAUAGCAUUGCUCAGAGACUCCCAUCAGCCAUUGACUUUUGUUCAAGGGUACAAUAAUGUAAAGUUUAAUUUCUUUAGCUUCCCCCCUUUCAGUAUUAAGAUGGACAACAAACUGGUGCUAUUACAACGCGUAAAAGAUAAACUUAGCUGAAUGUUUGUAGAAUAAAUUACUCAUUUUGUUGAAUGGUGUAGAAUUUUGUUGGCUUGAUAGUUUUAAACUAAAGGGAGCAUUCCACCUUCUUGUCACAAGAUGCAACUGAAUGUGACAUCUUACCAAUUAUUUAUCACGUAAUUAACCAAAGCAGGCUGCUGUAUACAUUGAGCCAAGGAAGGUAGGGAUCCACUGUAGCCGUAACUGAUAUUUUCAUGCUUUAAUAGCAAGUCUUAGUGUGUGCUGUUCUUGUCAAAAGUUGUACAAUGCUGAAGGAACAGAGAACAGAAGGUUCUCAAAAUGUUUAUGUAUCCUGUUUUUCUUGUUACAAUGUCAUCUUCAGUUUUUAUUUUCACUCAGGGUCGGUACCACAGAAACAAGAUGCAUUAUAAUAUUGGGAAACGAACCUGUAAUCUGUGCAGAAUCAUCAUUCUAUCAUUUCCACUUUCAUGACAAAAACAGCACAUUUUAUAGACCUAAUCUUGUAUGUGGAUCUUACCUACCUUUUAUCAUUAGAAGAGGGGGGAAAUGUUGGUUUAAUAGAACAAUGUUUAUUUUGCUAUUAGUUAACUUAAGAUCAGUCUGAAAGUCUUUGCAAACCAAUAAUUUAUUACUCAGAGCCCAUGGCUCUGAAAUAUGGACUUUAUGGAAAGAAAAUACAAGGUGAUGCUGUUUACAGAUUAAAUUUUGUUACUUUUGCA